GAGACUCCUGCCGCCCCUGCGACACCGGUCAUCGAAGAGCCUCCGCAGGAGGCCCCCGCCGCCCCAGCAGCUCCUGUGAUUCCAGAGCCGCCGCAGGAGUUGACUGGCGAUGCCCUUGUAGCGUUCACACGCAACCAGUACCUGGAGGCCUUAGCAAAGGAGGGCAUCCCAGCCUCCAGGGGAGCCUGGCUCUACGGAGAUUACAGGAACGACAUCCCAGACGUAUCCGACCCGAUCACCUGCGCGAGGGCCUGCAACCUGGAUGAGAAAUGCUACCAUUGGAACUUCAAGUUCAUGGCUAAGCGCUGUGACCUCAAGGCUCAGAACGGUGGAAUCAACCAG